GAAUUGCUUUUUUCCCUCAUGCAGUCAGUUUAAGCAGUGUCCCUAAAUUCACCCUCAGUGUAACUCCUAUUUCUGCUCCUCCUCUUCUUGGAACUGCUCUUUUGUUUGUCUGGCAGCCCUGGUUGUAUGGGGGUGUAUGAUGAUAAUAAUACCCCGGCGCUUAUGUAACCCUCUCAUCUUGCAAGCACUUGACUAAACCUUCACUAAUGAAGCUCCUGUAUCCUGUGGCCUGUGUCAGGUGGUAGCCCUCCCCCCACCCUCACCCCCCAGAUAGGAAAACUGAGGCUGAAAGGUUAAGUGAUUUAGCAGGGGCCAGAGGAAAGGUCAACAGCAGAAUGGAGGGUUUCCUGGCUUCCAGUAGGCUUCUGUUUAGAGGUCAAAAGAGAUAAGAAACAAUGAGUCUUGGGAAGGAAAGCAUCUUGCCACCAUCUCUCUGGUGCUCUUCAGAUUUCUGGACCUCAGGACGGUUUUCCUAGAGAAGAACUGGAGGGUACUUUUUGUAAAUACUGUGGGCCACCUACCUUCUUCAGGACAGCUGAAUUUGGUCAAUGACAUACAAGUUCAUCAAGACAAAAUAGUUGCAGAAAAUCUUCAAAGGAUUCCAUCGACAGAUGUUCCGUCACCUCUGCAGCAUAGAAGUUGAUUACUCAACCCAAAUACUUAAUUCAAGGAAUUAUCUGCUCUCCCAAAAUAUAUGAAGUAGAGGUUGGAGAUUAUAUGCUGGCAAUGAAAUUGAAAUUAUCAAGGAGCAAUUUGGAACCCAGAAGAGAGUAAGCUUGUAAAAUAUUCAAGCUUACAGAAAACGUGUAUUCCGGACAACCAAGAAAUUAGCAUUUGGUCUCUUUUGCAACACUAAAACAUCUACAAUGAAGUCCUAUUGCUGGACUCUGGUUUUGGCUGUCCUGGGUACAGAAUUGCUGGGAAGCUUCUGCACCACUGUCAAAUCCCCAAGGUUCAGAGGGCGUGUACAACAGGAAAGAAAAAACAUCAGACCCAAUAUUAUUCUUGUGCUCACAGAUGAUCAAGAUGUGGAACUGGGAUCCUUGCAAGUGAUGAAUAAAACAAGAAAAAUCAUGGAGCGUGGGGGAGCCACCUUUAUUAAUGCCUUUGUCACCACCCCAAUGUGUUGCCCGUCUCGGUCCUCUAUGCUCACAGGAAAGUAUGUCCACAACCACAAUGUGUACACCAACAAUGAAAACUGUUCCUCCCCUUCCUGGCAGGCAAUGCAUGAACCACGCACAUUUGCUGUGUAUCUCAACAACACUGGAUACAGAACAGCUUUCUUUGGAAAAUACCUCAAUGAAUAUAAUGGCAGCUACAUCCCUCCUGGGUGGCGAGAGUGGCUUGGAUUAAUCAAGAAUUCUCGUUUCUAUAAUUAUACUGUUUGUCGAAAUGGCAUCAAAGAGAAGCAUGGAUUUGAUUAUGCCAAGGACUACUUCACAGACUUAAUCACUAACGAGAGCAUUAAUUACUUCAAAAUGUCUAAGAGAAUGUAUCCCCAUAGGCCCAUAAUGAUGGUUAUCAGCCAUGCUGCACCCCAUGGCCCAGAGGAUUCAGCACCACAGUUUUCAGACCUCUAUCCAAAUGCUUCCCAGCACAUUACUCCCAGUUACAACUAUGCACCAAAUAUGGAUAAGCAUUGGAUUAUGCAAUACACCGGACCCAUGCUGCCCAUCCACAUGGAAUUUACAAAUGUUCUGCAGCGGAAAAGACUUCAGACUCUGAUGUCAGUGGAUGACUCUGUGGAAAGGCUAUAUAAUAUGCUUGUGGAAACUGGAGAACUGGAUAACACCUACAUCAUUUAUACUGCAGACCAUGGCUACCAUAUUGGGCAGUUUGGACUAGUCAAGGGGAAAUCUAUGCCAUAUGAUUUUGAUAUCCGUGUUCCUUUCUUUAUUCGUGGACCAAGUGUAGAACCAGGAUCAAUAGUGCCUCAGAUUGUGCUGAACAUUGACCUGGCUCCCACCAUCCUGGAUAUUGCUGGGCUUGAUACUCCUCCCGAUGUGGAUGGCAAGUCGGUCCUCAAACUACUGGACCUAGAAAAACCAGGUAACAGGUUCCGAACAAACAAAAAGACCAAAAUUUGGCGUGAUACAUUCCUAGUGGAAAGAGGCAAAUUCCUGCGCAAGAAGGAAGAACCCAGCAAAAAUGCCCAACAGUCAAAUCACUUACCCAAAUAUGAAAGGGUCAAAGAACUUUGCCAACAAGCACGUUACCAAACAGCAUGUGAACAGCCUGGACAGAAGUGGCAGUGCAUUGAGGAUACGUCUGGCAAACUUCGAAUUCACAAAUGUAAAGGAUCCAGUGACCUGCUCACAGUCCGGAAGAGGACACGGAGUAUCCACUCCCGGGGCUUCAACAACAAAGACAAAGAAUGUAAUUGUGGAGAGACUGAUUAUCGUGCAAGCAGAAGCCAGAGGAAAAACCAGAGACAGUUCCUGAGAAACCAUGGCACUCAAAAAUACAAGCCACGAUUUGUCCAUACUCGCCAAACCCGCUCCCUAUCUGUGGAAUUUGAAGGAGAAAUAUAUAAUAUAAACUUAGAGGAAGAAGAGCUGCAAUUGUUACGCCCAAGAAGUAUUUCCAAGCGCCACGAUGAAGGCUUGAAGUCUCCAGGAGGCCACAGUGCUGCUGCUGAUGGUGGUGGUGGUGAUGGGGAAGUGAUGCUGGCUGAUGGCCCUAAUGCAGUAGGACAAUCCGAUACUGUCCGAGUGACACAUAAGUGCUUUAUUCUUCCAAAUGAUACAAUCCAUUGUGAGAGAGAAUUAUAUCAAUCAGCCAGAGCCUGGAAAGACCACAAGGCGUACAUCGAUAAGGAGAUUGAAGCUCUCCAAGAUAAAAUUAAGAAUUUAAGAGAAGUGAGAGGACACCUAAAGAGAAGAAAGCCUGAUGAAUGUGAUUGUAACAAGCAGAGCUAUUAUAAUAAAGAAAAAGGUGUGAAAGCCCAAGAGAAAUUGAAGAGCCACCUUCAUCCAUUCAAAGAGGCCGCUCAAGAAGUGGAUAGUAAACUACAGCUUUUCAAAGAGAAUCGUAGAAGGAAGAAGGAGAGGAAAGAGAAGAAGAGACAAAAGAAGGGGGAUGAGUGCAGCCUACCUGGACUUACCUGUUUCACACAUGACAACAACCACUGGCAAACAGCACCAUUUUGGAAUUUGGGAUCUUUCUGUGCCUGCACAAGUUCUAACAACAAUACCUACUGGUGUUUGCGAACAGUCAAUGAGACGCACAACUUUCUUUUCUGUGAGUUUGCUACGGGCUUCUUGGAAUUCUUUGAUAUGAAUACAGAUCCCUAUCAGCUUACAAAUACUGUCCACACAGUAGAAAGAGGCAUCUUGAAUCAGUUGCACGUACAGCUGAUGGAAUUGAGAAGCUGUCAGGGUUAUAAACAGUGCAAUCCAAGGCCUAAAGGACUCGAAGCAGGAAAUAAAGAUGGCAGAAGCUAUGACCCACACAGAGGACAGUUAUGGGAUGGAUGGGAAGGUUAAACUGCCAAACUUCACCGAAGACAUCAACUGGCAAGGACUGGAAGAUUUAUACAAUAUAAAUGAAAGUUCCUAUGAAUACAGAUACAACUAUAAACUGAGUCUGGUUGACUGGACUAAUUACUUGAAGGAUGUAGAUAGAGUGUUUGCACUGCUGAACAGUCACUAUGAGCAAAAUAACACAAAUGACACUAAACCUAUUCUAAAAUAUGGGUUCUUGAACACAUCAUCCACACCAUCUGUGCUGGAGGAAAUGACCUCCACUGAGUCAGGUGAAGACAUAAGCAGUAUGGAGGCAGAAGAGUGGCUGCCAAUUGCACCACCGGACUCAGGAACCCUACAUUUGAAUCUGACACCAUUUAAUCAAGAGAGGAAACUUAAAUGGAAUAAUGAUAUUCCUGAGAUGAAUUAUUUGAAUUCUGAACACUGGAAAUAUCAUCAUACUGAAAAAUGGAUGGGGGAUAAAGAAUUAAAUCAUUUUGACAUGGAUUUCAGUGGCAAUGGUUUAACAGAGCUGCAGUCGACUAAUAGCUUCAUUCUACAGCCCAUUAGCAGUCAUCAGAAAGAAUCACACCAAGGCAAUGACCAGGGAGAGAAUAUAUUUGAAGAUCAGAUGUAUCUUCCCGUGAGCUCUGAUGGAUCGUCAGUUCAUCAAGUCGCAAAUAUAUCCGAUGCAGAUCAGACUAUCAGAUCCAGCAAAAUGGAAACAAUUUUGAACACCACAAAGGAUAAUCAUACAAGGGAGAAUUUUCAAAACAUAGAAGGCAGUGGUUCCUCCCCACUGUCCUCUAAUUAGUUGAAAUGGUAAACCUUAUACACAGUAUUUUUAAAAAUUUUAUUAGCAAACUAAUAAAGGCGAUCAUGCCAACACACAUCCCAAGUUUAUUUCAGCCACAUGUUUGUGGUUGCAAUUAGUAUAUGUAUGUUUGUGUUACAGGCGUACUAUGGCAUAUACACUUUUUAAUUCUUAACUUCUCACAAGUAGGGAAAGAGGCUUAUCUAGUGUUAGCAGUAUUACCCUUUGAAGGUCAUGAAAACACACCAUGAAAAGUUAUUAAAUCAAGAUGCCAAGAAUUUGAGUUGCAUAGCUUCCAAAAUUUUCACCAUCAAUGAAUGUCUUCACAUACUCACACUGACUACAUAAUGUGUUCCUAAUCAAUGAUCUUUAACCACUGGAAUUUCAUAAUGUCACAGGUUAGAGUAAAACCAUAUUGCCCUUUGAGAUCCUUAUUCCUGUGUCAUUUGUUCAUUAUUUUACAUGCUUUGUCCUUGCCUCUUUGUCCAUACAUUGUGAUGGCACACUGAAGGGUCAUGUGAAAGAGAUGUUGGAUGGAUCUCAAAUGAAAAGCAGAUAAUUUUAAUGCUGUUUUGCUAGAAAAAUAUUGCAUGUUUUACUCUGACUCACUAAAACUGAAUAGCAAAAAGAUAUGGUGGCUAAUAAUAAUCAGAGAUUUGACAAAAUAAAUAAUGGAAAAUUUACCAUUCCCUCCAUAUGAGGGAAAGUGUCAAAGUACCUAUAUCUUUGAAGUGUCUAAAUUUAGAUAAAUUCUUGAAAACAUCUUAUAAAAGACUUUUCUUCAUUUGGAAGGGUUUGUUUUAUUGAUGUGAAUAAAGGACUUAUGAUCUGGAUUGUAUAACAGAAAACCUGAUCUAUAAAAAAGGGUAUUUCCUAACUUGAAAAUACACACACACAUACACUUGCAUAUACAUGCACACACAUACUCCAUGAGUUUAAUUUUAUCGCUUUGUGUUAUAUUUUCAUUUUUCUGGACUUCAUCAAAUACCGAAUUUUUAAGAGUACAAUACUCAUUUAAUUGCCUUUGAAAAUCUAUGCUCUUCAAUUCCUAUUAUUCUCCCAUUGUAGAUUUUUCACCUGCCAACAAAAGAAUUACCUCAUUCAUUUUCUUCACCACCACACCUAACUUCUUUUGAAAAGUUUCCCAUCUGUUAUUUUGUUUAGUAUACUGGUCUCCUGUUUUGUUUUACACAACUCAAGAACUAAAGCAAAAAAAAAAUCUGCUUUGUUUUUAAGGUUCCCUUUUUAAAGAUUCAGUUUCUUUUAGUCAAAUCUUUACUUUUAAGAAGCUGUUAUCAUAGGCUUUGUAAAUAUGUCAAAAACUAACUAGCUGUUGCAUAUCUGAUGUAUGUGUCAUUGGCUGAAUGACAGAACAAACGUAUUUAUGGUCAUGAAUGAUGCUAUUUGUAAAUAGAUCUCCCGUUAUUAGGAAACCUACUGUGUUUUUAAACUUGUAUAAUAUUAUGUGAUACUUUUAUAGAACAAUUCUGGCUUCAGGAAAGUCUAGAGGCAAUAUUUCUUGAAAUAAAAAGGUGUUUUAACUUUAUCUGCUUCCACUAUAUUCACAUGAACAAGUUUUUGUAGUAAACAUAUUUCUGAAAUAAAAUGAUCUCAUUUUACAUUACUUAAA